AUGGAUUGGCUCAGUUGGGUCAGUCAGUUGGGCUAUACACAGCUUUGUGUUGUACUUGGUACCGUCUCAUUGCGCGGUAAGAAGGAUGGAGAAGGAGAGCUACAACUUUGGUUUCGUGCGAUGUUCAACGAUUGCCGCAUUUUAUAUACCAGUAGGAUAGCAGGGCAUGACGAGAUGGUAUGUGAGUUAUUGAUGUUUUUCCUCUUUCACUUCCGAGAUUGCACUGACAAAAUCAGCAAAAUCAAAACGUUAUCAACAGAGAAGUCGAAAUUUCAUUUCGUCCAAUACUGAAAACAAAUAGUAGCAUGUGAGAGUACUGAUAAAGGGGUUUCGUCCAGGGGCUCAAGAGUUAGAACUAAAUUUUAUAGAUCCAUGACUCUAGGAGUGAAAGGGUUUUAAAUAUAUAAUUUAACAAUACAAUUAUAAUUAACUGGUUCAAGACUUCAGAGGUAGUGCAUCGUUUUAUUACUACAGCUCUGUUUCGUGUGGCCAAAAGAUGACCACACUCAUCGGGUAAUAUCAACGAUUGACCGUUAGAUUACAACAACUGGCAAAAAGGCGAAAAUAAGGUUGCUAUGAGAUAUAAAAACAGCGUUAUGUUAUCGUAUAAAUCAUGUGAUUGCUAUUUAUAAUUUGGAAGAUUGUGUUACUUUAUCAUAAAGUUCCGUGAGGAGGUAAGCUCCGGGAGGGAAGGGUUACUUCCUUAUAAGAGGCUAAUAGGAAUGUGCCGCUGGAUGGGGUCGCAUUUUCACAAGUGGACUGACUUUAGAGGGGUCGAAAUAGAGUUACUCGAAUGGGGGGGCACAUUUUCUAUAAUUGGUCACAGAAUAGACUAUAAUGGGGUAAGGGCUCUGAGAGGCCAGCGGCACAUAUCCAGCAAAAAUUUAGCCAAGUACCCACCCCCCCUAGUAUUAGGCGGACACCUUCGGGACCUUCCCAAGUGUCCGCUUUUUAUAGAGGUUUGUAAAAAUUGCGCAAUGUUUGUUAACGAUUAACAUUCAACGGUUACUCUGUACUGUAAUUAAGCCAUGUUGUUGAGGAAACUAAGGAAGCUGUGCUGUACUUUGCGCAACACUUUAGGUGAAUUUUGAUCGCGGAUGACGAUUAUACUGCCGGAUAUCGGUGUAAUAUGCAGUUAAUUGACCUCUAAAUGUAUUGAUUUAUCUCUAUUAAUCGACUACAGUACGUAUUUCAAGGAAGUAAUCCAAUACUACCUCUCCUUACGUUUUUCAGUUUGUAAUUAUGCCUGAAACUACAAUGAAGGUCACCAAGGAUACAGUUACAAUUAAAGAGCUAAAAGACUGGUGGGGUCACGAAGGACAAACUGUUCAACUAAAAGAUGCUGAUCCAAAUGAGCUUCAGCUUUUUAUUGAAAAAAUGCCCAUCCCAAUCAAAGGUGAGAGUGUUCAAAGUAAUUUCCAAAAUUUUGUUUAAGUUUUGGUUUUGGAAUAAAGAGGUACAUGGUUGAACCUCUGUACAAAUGUAUGGAAACAGGCAGAUCUUUUUUUUUUUUGGUUUUAGUCUUUAAAUAAAAAGACGAAUACGGGUUAAACUUACUGUAUUUAUGAAGGUUUAUAAAAACAGGUAGCUCAAGCUUAUGGCUAGAGUAGUUAGUUUGGUGUUUUUGAAUUGAGAAGCGUACGGUUAAACCCGUAUAUUUGUGUGGAUAGCUGGGCUUAAAUAUUUAUAAUUGAUGAGUGAGAUAUCCAUAUUUAGUAUAUACUAAAACAGUGGAUAGUGUUUUUCGCGCGCUCUGAUUGGCCACUCAAUCAGUGAAUAUCCUUCACUAUUCACUGAUUCACCUCCAGUUCCUCCGAGCGAGCCAGGCGGUGUUGGACACGGUCCGAACGGCAUCAUGGGGAAAGAAUCAAAAACGGCUCAUUUGCAUCUGACCUUCGCUGUGUUCACAUCUCUCGUUACGACAUAAAAAUACCGUGAGAAAUAGUGUGAUAUGGGCAUUAUAGGUCUUUUUCCUCUUUUAAAAGAUAUAACAUGCGAUGUUCAUUUGAGAUCUUUCUCCGGAAAGGUGGCUGCAAUCGACGUUUACUGCUGGCUUCACGAAACUGUUGUUUUCUGUGUCGAAGAGAUAACUUUAGGGAUCGAAGCAACGCGGUACGUAUCAACACUUCGUUCUUACAUGUGGUUAAAGUGCUUGAUUUUGAACGUAAACUUCUCUUCAGUGCUCUUCUCACCUCAGAUUUUUUCCAGGUACAUUGACCUGUGCAUGAAGGAUACUGAUCUUCUCAUCGAAAAUAAUGUGCAACCUAUUCUGGUUUUCCAGAAGAAGCUGGAGCGCAAGGCAAAAAGUGGAAUUCUCCUUCGCUAACUUGUUCAACAGCAAGUUAGCGGAGGUUUUCUAUUCAUUUUAGUCCGUAUGAAUUCAGUUUUAUUUGUCCGUUGUUUUUUGUAUGAUUUAUCAGGGCUCGUGAAGAAUCUCGCACAAGUUUAACUCUUUGCAAACAAGGGCAGAAGGAAGAAGCCAAAGAACUAUUCAAAAAGGAGGCCCUAAGGGCCGCUUCGAUGACAUAUAUAUCACAAAAACAUAUCAUAUUUUUUAAGACGAAUAAAAAAGGAAAGAAAGAAAGUAUUCUAAGCUGAUCGUGUAGUGAAAGCCUUCUAAGCCAAUUCGAUCGUGACCGCGCGAGUAUAUUUAUUAUACUAAAGAUGCCGCGGAAUGGAGUCACGAUUCACGCACGUAGGUAAACUUCAAGUGGCAUUUUGACCCUUAAAACGGCGGGGCCCGCCGGGGCCCGCCGACCAUUUCAGAUACUUGAACAACAAAACUAAUAGAUUAUGCUAAAACUGGAGGUCAGGGGUCGUUGUACACUGAGAAAAUGUAGACUGAAAAGCAUAAACAAUAGCUCUUAACUAAACAAAGGGAUUAUGCGCAUGAAGAAUUCCAAAGAGCAAUAUCAAUAGAAAACAAACAUAAAUCAUAUUGUUUUAAGAACUGCGGCUUGCUACAUCUGUCUACUCAAACUUUUCCAAAAAAUAUAAUCGUAAACCACUUGUUAAACUGCGAAAACCGAAGAAAAUCGAAGAGACUACCCGCACAAAGGAAGACCGAUAAAGUAGAGGGGAGGGGACAUGUCACUAACAGAAUUAGGAAUUAGGAAUUUUUUUCUCUUUCCUGAAGCUCUCUCAACAACCGCUGCAUAUUUUGUUCACGUUGUUGAAACUCCAUCAGUUGCCUUUGAGAAUUUUUCUCUCGUUCCUGAAGGUCUCUUAAGAUUGGCAGUUGGUAAAAACUGUUUCCGCUGCGCGGUAAAAGAUGCAACGUCCUAUGGGAUAAGCAGCUAAAGUAAAAAUGCGGGCGUGAUUUCAAUUUCGGACUGGAUCGUGUCGAAACGUUUUGAUAUCAAAUCGACUGAUUUAAGGUUCAUCUGAACGAAAAAAUGAGAGCUCGUUCAAAGAAGGGGCUAUUCUUGGACACACAUUUCAAUAUUUUGUGUGAGUUUACAAGCAAGCCAUAAUUAUUUAGUGACAAUCGGAGCGAAACGAAAUUCUGAUUUUCAUCUUCUUCAUCAGUAUCUCUUAAGCUUAUGUGUCGCUCAGUUUAAAGAGAGGAACGCAGUACAUUUAAAAUUUUCUUUGAAGUCAAAAUUUUUAAUUUUUCUUUUUUAGGUGACACUUAAUCGGGUUGCCCAUGUUACUUAGGUGAUUUUCAUGAUUGCCUUGUUUUAUUUUUGAUCAUGAAUUAUCUUUUUAGAAAAAAAACAAAAUCUACGCAAAGCAAAUUCGCCAAGGCGAACCUCAGAAAUAGAAAGUCAGUGGAGGGAUUUUCAGCGACGUGAGGAAAACUUCCAGAGACAGAAACGGGAGAUGCAGCAACGCGAGCAGGAUUUACAAAGGAAACUCAGAGUGGUUAAAGAACGGUAUCAGGACUCUCAAAGCCACCUAACGGAUAUUGAGCAACAUGAACAAAAUAUGCAGCGGCUAUUGAGAGAGCUUCAGGAACGAGAAAAAAAUUCUCAAAGGCAACUGAUGGAGUUUCAACAACGUGAACAAAAUAUGCAGCGGUUGUUGAGAGAGCUUCAGGAAAGAGAAAAAAAUUCUCAAAGGCAGCUGAGGGAGUUUCAACAACGUGAAGAAAAUUCUCAGAGGCAGCUGACGGAGUUUCAACAACGUGAAGAAAAUUCCCAGAGGCAGCUGGUGGAGUUGCAGCGGCAACUGAGGGAGAUAGGACAGCAGUUGACCAAUUGCCGAGGACAAGUUUCUGAACUACAGUUAAGUCUUUCAACAGCACAGGAAACAAUAAAUCAAUUGCGGAACCAGGAAACACGUGACUGGGUUAUUCCCCGGGACGAAAUUCAAAUCACAGAGAAAUACCUUGGGAGGGGAGGAUGGGGAAUUGUCAACGAGGGAACGUAUUGUGGCUGUACUGUAGCAGUGAAACAGAUCCAUGAGUUGAUUCUUUCUCCUCAUAAUAUAAACCUGUUUGAAAGAGGAAUGAAUAUCGCUUCUAAAUGCCGCCAUCCUCACUUACUACAGUUCAUCGGCGCCACCAAUGAUGAGGGAACUCCUCUGUUCGUGACCGAGCUGAUGGAGAAAACUUUGCGCACUUUAUUGGAGCACCGGCAACUCUCCGAGACAGAAAUAGCCGUCAUUUCUCUGGAUGUAGCACGUGCCCUGAACUACCUUCAUCGAAAGAAACCAGAGCCUAUCAUUCACCGUGACGUCAGCAGUGCGAAUGUGUUGCUAUGGCGACAGGGUGACCAAUGGAGGGCCAAAGUGUCUGAUUACGGCACUGCUAAUUUUAUACAGCAGACCAUGACAGUGGCUCCUGGAGCUAUGAUUUACAGCGCACCUGAAGCACUUACAUCAAACCAAACAAUCAAGGUUAGUUUAAGUAAAUAUUCAAGACUGUUUACCUACUAAAACUGUACAGCAAGGCUAACAGUGGCAGAAGUGAUAAGUGAUGUCCACUCCAUAAACAAUACAUAUGAAAUGACUAUAUCUUUGUGAGGAGUCUUUGAACCUUGUUCUGCACUUUUUUCACUCUUUUAUGCAAAUCUUCUUCAUGGAUUUGGUCCACGUAAUUGGAUUCUUUAAUUUAUCCCUUCUUGUCUCUAAAGACAACAGUCACGGGCUAGCAAAAGUUAAUUAGUAUUUUUAGAAACAAAACAUUUAAGCCAAGAACGUACCAUGAAGCCUUUUAAGGAUCUUCUGUUUUCUAGGCUUUUCUUAUCCAUUUAUCGAUAAUCAUCUAUUUUGAAUUCUCGAGUUCCUCCCACUUGUGUUACCUUAACUCCUUUUGUAAUCAGUACACAACUAAUAAGUAAUGUCAUGUAUUAUGAUUGCUUUUAGGUUGAUGUGUACAGCUUUGGUGUUCUUCUUUGUGAAAUGUGCAUCCGGGAACUUCCAGAUCCUAGUAAGCGUGAAGAACAAGUCGUGCUUGUAACGAACGGUGUGUUUCGCGGCCUGGUACGGCGAUGCCUGCAUAGAGAUCCUGGGCCGAGACCAACCAUGCAGGAGAUAAUCGAUGAACUGAAAGAUGCCGAUGUGUCAUCUUAA